UUUGUUCUCCAGCAGCUGACCUCAAUCGACCUCUCCAGAAAUAGAUAUUUAACUCUCUGAACUCCAGUUUAAGUAAAGGAUUUGUUUUGGCUCUCUCUUCAUUUUUAAGGUUCAAAGGGAAGAGGCGAGGAGUCUAGGGUCUCACCGCCCACGCAGCCAAUGAGAAGCCUGUGGGUGGAGCCUGGCCAGCUCUGGCUGCUGAGGGACUCGCCCCCGGUGGAUGCGGUGGAGUUUGAGCUUUGCUGCAUCCGUCACUGAAGAACAAAAUAAGAGUAAAGAAGACAAGCUGCAGAGCAUGGGAGGCUGUGGUGUUUUCUGAAACGUUUGCUGGGCUUUCCGUGGAGCAUGAGCUUUUAAAACGAAUUCUUUUUAAAGAAACCCAUUUGUGUAGCUGGAAAAAUGAUACACAUGCUAAAUGCAGCAGCCUAUCGGGUGAAAUGGACCAGAGCCGGUGCUGCUAAAAGGGCUGCCUGCCUGGUGGCUGCGGCAUAUGCUCUGAAAACCCUCUAUCCCAUCGUUGGCAAGCGUUUAAAGCAGCCUGGCCACAGGAAGGCGAAAGCAGAUUACCCGCCUGCAGAGAACAGAGAAAUACUGCAUUGCACGGAGAUCAUCUGUAAAAAACCUGCGCCUGGACUAAAUGCAGAUUUUUUCAAACAGCUACUUGAACUUCGGAAAAUCCUCUUUCCAAAACUUGUGACCACUGAAACGGGGUGGCUCUGCCUCCACUCGGUGGCUCUAAUCUCAAGAACAUUUCUGUCUAUCUAUGUGGCUGGUUUGGAUGGGAAAAUCGUGAAAAGCAUCGUGGAAAAGAAGCCUCGGACUUUCAUCAUCAAAUUAAUCAAGUGGCUUAUGAUUGCUAUCCCCGCUACCUUUGUCAACAGUGCUAUCAGGUACCUGGAGUGCAAACUGGCAUUGGCCUUCAGAACUCGCUUAGUAGACCAUGCUUAUGAAACCUAUUUUGCAAAUCAGACUUAUUAUAAGGUGAUAAAUAUGGAUGGGAGGUUGGCAAACCCUGACCAGUCUCUUACGGAAGACAUUAUGAUGUUCUCGCAAUCUGUGGCUCACCUGUAUUCCAACCUUACCAAACCUAUUUUAGAUGUAAUCCUAACUUCCUAUACUCUCAUCCGGACAGCUACGUCCAGAGGAGCAAGCCCCAUCGGGCCCACCCUGCUAGCAGGACUUGUGGUGUACGCCACUGCUAAAGUACUGAAAGCUUGCUCGCCCAAAUUUGGUACGCUGGUGGCAGAAGAAGCCCAUAGGAAAGGCUACUUGCGGUAUGUUCACUCCAGAAUCAUAGCCAAUGUGGAAGAAAUUGCCUUCUACAGAGGACAUAAGGUAGAAAUGAAGCAGCUGCAGAAAUGUUACAAGGCUUUAGCUUCCCAGAUGAACCUGAUUUUAUCCAAGCGUUUAUGGUACAUCAUGAUAGAGCAGUUCUUGAUGAAGUACGUGUGGAGCAGCUGUGGCCUGAUCAUGGUGGCUGUCCCCAUUAUCACUGCUACGGGCUUUGCAGAUGGCGAUCUGGAGGAUGGUCCAAAGCAGGCUAUGGUUAGCGAUCGGACAGAGGCCUUUACCACUGCCCGGAACUUAUUGGCCUCUGGAGCUGAUGCAAUUGAAAGGAUUAUGUCUUCAUACAAAGAGAUCACUGAACUAGCGGGCUAUACUGCUAGAGUAUACAAUAUGUUCUGGGUCUUCGAUGAAGUGAAGAGAGGAAUUUAUAAGAGAACUGUCACUCAGGAGUCAGAAAACGAUAGCAAGAAUGGAGGUAGCUCCAAGCAAUCCCUCAGCGACACCCUGGCCAUCAAAGGAACAGUUAUUGAUGUGGAUCAUGGAAUCAUUUGUGAAAAUGUCCCCAUAAUUACACCAGCGGGAGAAGUGGUGGCUUCCAGGCUAAACUUCAAAGUAGAAGAAGGAAUGCAUCUUUUGAUAACUGGUCCCAAUGGCUGUGGGAAAAGCUCUCUCUUCAGAAUCUUAAGUGGGCUGUGGCCUGUGUAUGAGGGAGUUCUUUAUAAGCCGCCUCCCCAACAUAUGUUCUAUAUUCCACAGAGGCCAUACAUGUCUCUUGGAAGUCUCCGGGAUCAAGUCAUUUAUCCCGACUCUGUGGAUGACAUGCGUGAGAAAGGUUAUACAGACCAAGACCUAGAACAUAUUCUGCACAGCGUCCACCUUUACCACAUCGUUCAAAGAGAAGGAGGCUGGGAUGCGGUCAUGGACUGGAAAGAUGUCCUUUCAGGAGGAGAGAAGCAGAGAAUGGGGAUGGCACGGAUGUUUUACCAUAAACCCAAGUAUGCAUUGCUGGAUGAGUGCACCAGUGCUGUGAGCAUCGAUGUUGAAGGAACGAUAUUUCAGGCUGCUAUCGGGGCUGGGAUUUCCUUACUGUCCAUAACACAUAGGCCUUCUCUGUGGAAAUACCACACUCAUCUAUUACAGUUCGAUGGCGAAGGAGGCUGGCGCUUUGAACAGUUGGACACUGCUAUCCGCUUAACAUUAAGUGAGGAAAAACAGAAGUUAGAGUCACAGCUCGCUGGAAUUCCCAAAAUGCAGCAGAGACUCAACGAACUAUGCAAAAUUCUGGGGGAAGACUCGGUGCUGAAAACAAUCCAAACUGCAGAGAAGACAUCCUAACUUAUCUUGACAUAUUUUCAGUUAACUUCUAGGUAAAGUCUCAGAGACAAUCUCUAUACUGCAUGAAGUACGUUAAGUGCAGAGAAAGCAAGCCAGCAAGAAAAGUAUUUUGUAUGACUUUAGCAUCAAGGAAAUACAUGGCAACUUUUCAAAUGAGAAAAAAUAGCUAACGAAUUAGUUGAGAUUAGUCAUGACUCCGGUUAGUGCCCAGUGAAAGGCUAGCUCACCUAUAAAGCAGUACUUUCUAAGACUAGGAGAAAGUGUCUGGCCUGAGGUUCUUCAUGUUGGAAAAUUCCCCCAAACAAAGCAGCAAAGGCAACAGGAGGGCUGAUGUCAGCUGUGCAGAAUUAGAACUUCCAUGGCUCUCAGCCCAGUUAACAAGGACAAUAAGUGCAACACCUGGAAUCCAUAAUCAGCAUUGCUAGGGGCCAACUCAAACUGUGUACAAAAUAACAGGUGACUUGAUACAUAAUUUCAGUUUGGGAAAAAAGUGUAUUUUAAUGACAGUGGUUGAAAGCAAGCAUGGCUGGACAAGUUUAAAGUACUGUAUUUAAAUUUUUCAUACUUUGAGCAUCUUGAUACAGAUACCAAAAAGUAACAUUAUUAAAAAGUGUAUUUGCUUAAAAACAAACCCUUUUACUUUUUAAAAAGAAAAUUGCCCGGACAGAAGAGAAGGAUCCAAAUGAUGCUUGUUCUUGCAGCUGCUUGACUCUGCAGUGCUAUCCAAUACAAUUUCUAUCCAGAAAAAUUGCUUGUUUGAUGCCCCAAAAUGCAGUUUGCAGACUUGACUGUUGUUUUAUAUUUCCUUGAUCCUGGAAUUCAGUUAUGUUCCUACAUUCAUUUUAUCUUCCUUAGUCGUUGAAGCAAUCUUUUAAGGCAUACAGGUUUUUGUUCCUUUUUUUUCUGAGAAAACAGAUACUCAGAUUUACUUUUAUUUUGGAAGAGCUGUAAAGAUCAAUAAAGGUCUCGUGACCCCCUGAUUCAGUGCCAUCAUCACUACUGGCCCUUAAAUUUAACUGGGAUAUAAUGUCAAUUUAAAAAAUGAUGUGGACCAAGUAGAUGGACAGAAAUGGAAUUAUAGGCAAAGCAGGAAAUAAGGGAAAAAUUUAAGUAGAUGAAUAAAUAUUAUUCAGGCAUGGAGGAAUAACAGUUGCUUCCCUUGCAGGGAUUCUGUAUUUCAUUGCCAGUAUCAUAUGGUGGCUCAAAAUUGUGUCUAAUUCCAAUUCCACGAUAUCUCACACCUUCUUCUGGCCUCCAGGGUCCAUGCAUGCAUGCAGUCCUCAUACACACAUGCAGACAAAACACUCAUAGCAUUAAGAAAACAAAUCUGAAAGACAAUAAGGAUUCAGUAAAUUGGCAAUGUUGAUGUUAUUAUCACUUAAUUACUGUUUGCAAGAAAUGAAAAUAAGUCAGAAAUGCAAUGGUAAUUGGUCUUUGACAUAAAAUCAAUCAAGAACAUCAACACACCUCAGCUGUGUCUAUCCACCUGAUGCUGAAGGGUCUGCAGCACCAGCACUCAGAAGGGCAGCACAUUGUACUUCUAGUAAGCUUUAUACUGCUGAAGCUGAUGACAGACAAUCUAUGUAAGUAUGUCAUAUGAAAUAGAGCAUGUCCGGAGCACAGAGACGUAACAGAUGCUUUAAUUUCAUCCUCUCUCGGGCUAUGGUGAGGUAUGUAAAAACCUGAGAUGAACAGUUCUAGGGGCAUAAGAUUUUGUGUAUUUAGGCAGCACUUUAGCAGGCACUAACUUGCAAUAAUAGAAUGUUUGGAAAAAUAGACUAAUAGAAGUCAUUCACAAAGAUUGUUGUAAGAAAUUACCACAUUUCCACAUUUUCAAUUCCACAAAAUCUAUGUAAUUUGAAUUACCAAUAAAUGUAACCACCUUUACAUGAAGCAAUACAAUAUGAGGUCAUAAUCAGUACAUUUUUAUUUGUCUCUUGCUACUACUUCUUACUGAAAAUGUGGGAGAAGAAUUAAAUAUUUUGUUUAGACAAAGUAUAGAACCAGAAAUUGACACUUGAUUUUUUUUUAAUAAUUCACUAAUCUUUAGCAACCAUGUCAGCAGCUACCCAGGUUACAUUGCUAAAAGGGAAACAUUUGAAGCAAGUGUCUUAUAUUAGCUUUGAAAGUCACAAGAGGAAAAUUAAAAGUUCACCUUUGAAAUUAUGCUUUUCAUAACUCAAAAGUAAACCAUGUAAGACCUGAUAUCUUACAUUUUAAGCUUUGCAAAUGUUGCCAACAUCAAUACUAGAUUUGUAAUUAGACCUUAUUUAAUAGAUGUUACCAGUGAGCUGAAUCAAGAUAAAGACUCAUUACAUAGUGGAGAUGGUUCAAUGAUGUUUGAAAUUCUAUGCUAAAACUCUAGUCAUUAAAUUUAAAUGUUAAGGUUUCAGGACAAACUGUUUUCCAGUGGCUUUUUUGGUAACAGGUGAUUUUCCAAAUUGCUUUUACUGAGACCAAACACGCUCUGUCUUGGAGGAAGAAUAUGAUGUGAACCUGUGUUGUGUAUAAUCUGACUCUUUCCAAAGUGGUCCCCCAGGAGACCAGAGCUGAUGUUCUGACAGGCAUACUUGUGAAAACAUGAAGACCAUUGAGACCUCUUCUUUGACAAGGACAAAGAAUGAUAAGGAAAAUGAAGUAUAGCUUCGGCUGUCAAACUACUCAUUUUUUCCUCAGAAAAGGCGUAAAUUCAUGGAGCUUGAUUAUUUUGGUGGGAAACUCAUACCCUGCAUCGUGACAUCCUAUUUCUGCAGCAUGCCGUGGCAUGUCAAGCAUGAAUGUGACGCUGUGCUCACGCUUAGAGACAAGAUAAUCACUAAAAUCCUCUUGAAUCACAAGGUUGAUGAUCUUACUUGAAAACCAACCCAGUUUACCCUAUGUUUACACAGGAAGGAUUUUCCUUAGAGAGUAAUUUGACUUUUGUCCCAAAUUUUGAUGUGUGAAUAAAGAUAUAAACAAAUGUAUUGUUUUUUUUUUCCUUGGGGGCAUUAAUUCUAAGUAAAAACCUGUAUUUGUGAAAGGCAUGGCUUAUCUCCAUGUUUGGAAUGGGUUUUUGGCUGUGUAAGCCUGAAGAGGUUGUUAUACAUUGGGACCCAGAGGAAAUUACUUUAAGACGUGAUAAAUAUGGUAACGGAUAUUAAAUUAUUUGUUUAAA